AUGGCGACAAACAAAUCAUUAUCUCAUCAUCGUAAUUAUCAAAUAGCUCCUUCGGUUAUAUCUGCAAAAUUUCGUAGUAAAAGUUCUGAUUCUUUAUCGAAUAAUAAUCGAAAAAUUGAAUCUCAACAAAAAGAAAAACAAAUAAAUAAAACAACAAAAAUGAAAAAAUCACAAACAGAAUUAACAUAUUUUGAAACAAAACCUAUAGAAACUAUAUGCAACACAACAUCUAUGUUACGUCGUCGAUUUAGUCUUUUUCGUACUAAACGUUCUCAACCAUCAAAUGAAAAUGUUAAUGUUCCAGCACUGCAACAAAUCAUUGAUAAAUUAAGACAUGAUUUACAGAUAAAAACUGAUGAGCUUGAAACAAUGAAAAAACGUACUGAAUAUAAACGUUGUAGUAUAAUACAACCAUCAAAUGAAUCCAUUGAACAAGCUUUUCAAUUACAAACAAUAUUAAAUACAAGACUUGAAGAAAUGCUCACAGAAAAUGAUUUACUUAAAAAAAGUAUUCAAGAACUUGAAUCUUUUGCACAACAACAAAAAAGUAAGAGAAAUAUUCAGUUUUUUUUUUUCUUCUAUCGAUAA